UUAUUAAAGUACUCGCAGUAUAAGGCACAUGCAAUUCUGUGCAUACCACCGAAGACACAAGCAUGUUCAAUAUUGCUGUCGUGCUGGGUCUGUGCUGUUUUACAGUCACUCAAGGUUUUCGAUGGCCACCACCGUGCAGAAAGCCACCCUGUAAACAUGGGUACGGUUAUAGCGGCGGCGGCGGCAUGGGCGGUGGGAUUGGCGGCGGCUGGGGCGGUGGUAUUGGUGGCGGCUGGGGCGGUGGUAUUGGCGGCGGCAUCGGCGGAGGUAUCGGUGGUGGAAUAGAUGGUGGGAUGGGCGGCGGAAUUUAUGGCGGAGGAGAUGAUUAUGCGAUUGGCGGCGGGUAUGGCGGUGGGUAUGGCGGUGGGUAUGGCGGUGGGUAUGGAGGCGGGUAUGGCGGAGGCGACUACGAUGAUAUGGACGGAGGAUACGGCGGGGGAAUAAUGGGCGGCAUGGGAGGAUAUUCCGGGGGUGGUCUGUAUGGUGGGUCUGGCGGUGGGUGGAUGGGGUCUGGCGGCUCGUGGGGUGGAUCUGGCGGCGGAUGGGGUGGAUCUGGCGGCGGGUGGGGUGGAUCGAUCGGCGGAUGGCCCCGCCCUAGAAGGUGUGAGUGUCGUAGGUUCUGUUACUUCAACGAGCGCCAAGUGGGCCGCUGCCAGAAAUGGAACUGCAAGAAGUGCGUGUUGUGCUGCAAGAACAGCAAAUAUUAAACGGGCUUCGCACUGACGAGGCUAGCUUUGGAGAUGAAGGACGAUGUCUGCACGGAUAGAAAACGGCUGUACUAGAUAUGUUAUAUUUGGUUAUCCGUAUAAUGUAAUCGAGCAUUCAAAAAUAAAAAUAAAUAUACAAUUGCAUUGAAA